AUGAUCAGGCCCUUGUCGGGCAGGCGAGCCGAGCAGGUUGGCUGUCCAGCGUCGCGGAGCACUCUCUCAUUUUCACACAUGACGCCGCCUGCGCAACUGUGCCUCGAUAGUAAGGGGGCCAGUACGCCAAAAAAGCGUCAAGAAACCAAGGUCAGCCGUCCAUUCUGA